GGUAAAGGAGGACUUGGAUAGAGUGGGAGAUAAGGUCACUAUUGCCCUGCUUUGAGAGGUAAACGAAAAUGGCAGCAGCAUCGGCAACUCUCCUCAAAUCGUCGCCUGUCAUCGACAAGUUCGAGUGGGUUAAGGGCCAAUCCCUCCGUCAGGGAUCGGCUACUUUUGUUCAGCGCCACCCUACAUCCCCAUCGGCUCUUACUGUCCGUGCUAGUUCGUAUGCUGACGAGCUUGUUAAAACAGCGAAAGCAAUUGCGUCCCCCGGUCGUGGUAUUUUGGCCAUGGACGAAUCGAACGCUACAUGCGGGAAGCGACUUGAUUCCAUCGGUCUAGAAAACACCGAAGCCAACCGCCAAGCGUACCGUACCCUUCUCGUGUCGGCUCCCGGACUCGGCAACUACAUUUCCGGUGCUAUCCUUUUCGAGGAGACUCUUUACCAAUCCACCACCGAGGGCAAAAAGAUGGUCGAUGUUCUUGUUGAGCAAAACAUCGUCCCCGGUAUCAAAGUUGACAAGGGCUUGGUCCCUCUUCCUGGUUCCAACAACGAGUCCUGGUGCCAAGGUCUCGAUGGUCUUUCAUCUCGAACAGCUGCCUACUACCAGCAGGGUGCUCGAUUCGCCAAAUGGCGAACUGUUGUGAGCAUUCCCAAUGGUCCAUCUGCCUUGGCAGUUAAAGAAGCAGCUUGGGGUCUUGCCCGUUACGCCGCCAUUUCUCAAGAUAGCGGGUUGGUGCCGAUCGUGGAGCCGGAGAUCUUGCUUGAUGGUGACCACGGCAUCGAUAGGACUUUCGAGGUAGCACAGAAGGUUUGGGCUGAGGUUUUCUUUUACCUUGCUGAGAACAAUGUGUUAUUUGAGGGCAUUCUCUUGAAGCCUAGCAUGGUUACUCCGGGUGCCGAAUGCAAGGACAAGGCCACCCCACAGCAAGUGGCUGACUACACCCUCAAGCUCCUCCACCGUAGAAUCCCCCCGGCUGUCCCCGGAAUCAUGUUCUUGUCCGGUGGGCAAUCCGAGGUCGAAGCAACCCUCAACUUGAAUGCAAUGAACCAAUCUCCCAACCCGUGGCACGUCUCGUUCUCCUACGCUAGAGCUCUCCAAAACACUUGCUUGAAAACAUGGGGUGGCAGACCCGAAAACGUUAAGGCUGCUCAGGAUGCCCUGCUUGUCCGUGCCAAGGCUAACUCGCUCGCUCAGCUCGGCAAAUACACCGGUGAGGGAGAAUCAGAGGAGGCCAAGAAAGGAAUGUUUGUCAAGGGCUACGUGUACUAAGUUGUUGCAAACAAAAACAAUAAGGUGACAGCAAAGAGUAUCAGGGUAUUGUCUUCUGUUAGAUAAGUAAAUGCUAAUGGAGACUAUUUUUGUUCUUGAUUCCAA